AUGGAUGUUCUCCGAAAUUAUUAUGGCUUGGCAAUAAGAGAAAACCUUGAUAAUGUUGAACAAAUGGCUAAGGCUGUAAAGGCGUCUCUUUUCCACGUUGCUUCAACAGAAGAAAACCCGCAGCAUCAUCUUUGCCCGAAAGGUGAGGACAGUUGGUGUGGCUAUCAAAGAGAUUCCAAAACAUACAAACAUAAAAAUGGUAUUCCAAAGCCCAUUGUUGAGUUG